AUGCCCCAUAGAGGCAGCGGCAUCGAUAUUGACAAAGAGAAUGUGACUACGGACUUCAGUGCUGCUCAGAAGCAGAGCAAUAUACCUUCUAGGGCAUUGGGGAAUGAUAAGCGGUCUCGUAGUAAGAGUCUGGGACCUGGAGGGUUGGAUCUCUUGAAAAAUGGCGGCAAUGAUAGAAGAAAGUCUACCGCCGCUGUUCAAUUGAAGUCGAUACUGAAGCCGACGAUUCCCGUCUCGCCAAUAAGCCAUAUUCCAAGCUUUGCUGAAACACGCAGGAAAACACCACAUCGUGACGGUUUUGGGAGUAAUCAUAAACCAUCCGGGAAUGAUGAUCUUAUUGACCUUUCGACCCCCGCUGUGCCAGUUGUCGGUACUGACAGUUUGAUCAACCCGUUCGAUAAUUUCAACCCGAUACCACCGUCUAGAGCCAAAGACAUGGCCGCACAGAGAGAAAGGGAAGAAAAAGAACGAAUUGAGCGGGAGAGGGAGAAGAAGAAGGCAAUCCUAGAACAGCGAGCUGCACGAAGGAAAUCUAUGGCGAAUCGCCGAGUUUCGUUUGCGCCUGAGGCAACGCUACAUACUUGGAAUGUUGUCGAGCUAAUGGAAGAUUCAACCGCUUCCACGGGUGCUAAUACGACUCGCAGGAAUUCCUCGUUGAUGGCUGGUCACAGAAAUCAGGGGUCAGAUGAGUCUGAACCACCAUCCUCACCAGGAAAAUAUGAACUUGAGGACGCCAAUCCACCUCAAUCAGCAGCUCAUCUGGAAGAACUGGCCGAUGAAGCAUUUUCUUCUAGCCCCUUCAGUGGUGGCUCCGCUGCUGAGAAUGAUACUGGUUUUCCCCAAGGAAAUAUGGAAAUGGGGAGUGACUCGCUAAGCUCAGGGCCUGAAGAUGAGAGCACGAGUAUGAGCAUGGAAAACGUUACGGAACAGCCUCUUUCGUCCGAGUCCAAUGACUCCUCCCCCAAUUCUAGUAGUUUGGAUCGAUCGUUGAAGAAAGCCGCUCUGGCGGCAGGCACCAGAGGUAUCGAAUUUGACGAGAAUGGAGAUCUAUCCAUGGAGUUCACUGGUCAUGAAAUUGUUGGUGCUUUUCAACCCUGGGUUAAAAAAGGAUCGAGCGCAAAAUUUGAUGCUGAAGACCUUACCUCUCGCUUUGACCAGGAGAACAUUGGUUCCACAAAAAUGGCUGCGUCAAAUCCUAUUAGAGCAGCUCAAGUUAACGAGGAUGAUGGAGAUAUGAGCAUGGACAUUACAAAACCGGUUGGUGGUAUACUUCGGAGGAAAAGCAAUAUAACUAGCGGCAGCAGUGAAGGGAUCCGUCCGUAUCCGAAUUACCAAAACUAUGGCUAUCAACAGGCCUCUCGUCGAACGUCAGCCAUAACAAAUCUUGGAGACCAGACAAUGGAGUUUACAAACGUCAUCGGCGGUAUCAAAAGUGCCUCCCCUAGAAGGCCUGACACAGAGAGCAAUGUCGAUACGGAUGAGGAAAUGACCAUGGAGUUUACCAACGUCUUGGGUGGGGUCCUUAACAAACAAAAGUUCGAAAGGAAAGAUGAUUACGCAUCUCAAGAAGACCCAAAAUACAGUCAUGGUGAUGAAGGGGAUAUAACAUAUCCUAAUCUAGGAGAGGAUGAUAUGGAGAUGACCGGUGCGGUCGGUGGAAUAUUGCCCCCAAUUGAAGAGCGAACAGAGCCCUCCGAUGACGGGACUAUGGGGAUGGAUAUGACAAACGCUGUGGGCAAAAUUCUUGCACCCUUUCAGGUCAACAACCUAAAGGGCAAGAACAGGAUAUUUGACGAAUAUGAAGAGGGCCCCCCAAGCUCCCCAUUUCAAGAAAAUAUACCUGCAUCUCCUGCCAGAGCCCCGUUGCCGCCACAUCCAGAUCUGGUCACAUCAGAAGGUGGGAGUCCAUUGCGGGCGAUACCCAGGUUGAACAGUACUUCUCGACAACCAUCUAGCUCUCCCAGAAGAUCAACGUCCCAGCAGUCAUCUCCAGGCAAAGGCCAUUCAACUCUCUCGAAACAACGGUCACCACGUGCAGUCAGGCAACUAACGCCUGCCACCCCUGAAGGAAGCCCCAUUAAACCUAAGUCAAGAAGUGCAUCACCUCAAAAGCGACAUAUUUCGCAAACAAAUCAGCCCCCUGUCAAAGCUAUACCUGCUUCUUUGUUCCAGAGAAACUCGCUGACAGGGCAAUCGACACCAACUUUUGUUUUGAAAGCAUUAAACCAUGCUUCUCACGGUAUCAACGAGGCACGGGGUUCGCCACGAAUUGCUGAAAUAUUAGACAGACGGCGCUCUAUUGGGGAAGAUGCCCAAGAGUUUGUUUUGAAACCAACUCCCAGUCGAGGCGUCAAGUUUGAUGAUAUGUUAAAAACUGGGCAAGAGUACGAAAAGGGGAAUGAAGAGGAUACUUUCCCCAGGACUAGUCAAGAAUCUGAAAAGGAGACAACUCUUAAUUUAAGAGAACUGAUUUCAAGCCUUACCCCAAAGAAAAACAAGCUCAAAGGACGCAAGAGCCUUCAUGUGGGUGCAGCUAGAGGUCUUCUCGGGAAACGCCCCCCUGAGCUUGAUAUGGAAGAUGCCGAUGAAGAUCUGACACCACAAAAGCGCCUCCGAGGAAGGGAAGCUAGCCCGGUUAAAAAUAUUAAGCUACCCGCCCCCGCUUCAAUCGCCGAUACUGUUGGUCGACCUAGUCAACGAACCCUCCAUUAUGACAGGAAUGUGUCGCCAUUCAUCGAUAAAAAUAUUUCUCCUGCAAAAAACAGCGCCUCUCCCAAGGACAAUGUGGUGCAUACUCCAAAUGACCAAGCUUCCAUACAGGAGGAGGCCAAGGAAGAGAAUAACAUUUCACCUGCAGGCAUUACCACCCCAGUUGAACCAAUAAAGCUUUCCGACUUUCUUGAAAUGACCAAUAUACACUUUAUGGAGUUGACAACAACGAAACGAAGACAUACCAUUGCUCCUGGAAGCCCCGAAAAAUGUGGUACAGAGAGCCUGCAGGGGGCAAAGGAGUUUGGCCUCGAGGACCGUGUCGCUGCUGGAUUCUGCACUUUACCGAUGCUUGAGUUAUACCAACAUUCGUGCCGAGAACUUAAAUCAUAUAUUUCUGAAGGUCGACGCAUCAUCCGAUCUAUAGAAGCAGAGACAUACGCGGAAAAUCCCCCGUUGUUCCAGGAGUAUAUCACAGCCACGCCGGAUAUUCGGCUAUUGAUGGAUAAUCAAUUCCGUAAUGUCAAAACUCACGCGCGGCUAUUAAGUAAGGAAAUGUGGUAUGAAUGGCGAAUGAAACUACUGGAAGGCUUGAAACAAGGUCUAGAUCGGCAUCUUGACGAAAUGAAGCAGGACGAUGCGAUUCUCUCGAGGAAGGAAAACAUUCUGGCGAAUGUGGUUCCCGGCUUAGUUGAGAGGCAUGACAAGCUAAAGAUUGAUUCCCAAAAUCUCCAGAAAGUGAUAGAUGAAAUCGAAAGCUGCGACCAAGAGGAACUGCGGGAUGCCAGAAAGAAGCUUCUAGCUGUUGAAACCGAACUCUCCGGUUACAAAGAUAAAUACACUCAGGCACAGAGUAGGCUUGAGACGAAGAGUGACUUGCUAGAGAAAGCCCAAGCGCGAAAAGAAGAAUUGUUGCAAGAGAUUCGCGAAGCUGAGAGUAUCAAAGAGGAAUGCCGUGGUUGGGAUGGGAAAGAGGUCCGAGUGUUACAGGAGAAACAGACUGGUUGGACUAUCAUCUCUGCAAAACCAAGCAUGGAUGUUGUGAAAGGCACUACUCUCUCGAUGCGGUAUGGCGGAGAGCUUCAACUCGACUGUAAUCCAAGCCAUAUUCACGCCCUUUCACAAAAUUUAAUCAAGGGUGAACGACAAGCCCCUCAGCACGAUACCUUGCCCUUGACCUUGACAUAUGCCCCCAAGGGAAAUGGGCCGCAAUAUGCCGCUGUAAAUCCUAGCCCAGGAGCUUCUUUAAUCCUUAAUGCUAUACGCAUGCAGGUUUCCUAUGCUUUGCUAUCCCCCGUUUCGUUGAAGCAAUUGCUGAGUGGCAUUGCGAGAUGUUGGGAGACUGCAAAGUCUUUGCAAGAAGAAAUUAGAAUGCUAGGAUAUUGCGGAAUUGUUAGCAUCAAACCAAUAGGGACCAGGCAAUCUGAGCCCAUGCAGUUGAAAAUUCGCUGCACUCUGCUAGGCAACAUAAAAGACAAAAUCUCACCAGAGAAAGUCAAUCAACUAAAGAAGAAACAAGGAGAACGAGCAAGGGUUGAUAUUGACUUCAUUGCAAAGCCAAAAGCUCUUGACAAAUAUGCUGACGGUCCAAAUAUUGGCGUUGGGGUAGAUUUUGAUGCCGCUGCAAGCACAGUAUAUGGAUUUGAACCCUCCAAUGAUUCCCAAACGCAUGAUUUGCGUAUGAAUGAUCUCUUGACCAAACUGAUGGAAAAGCCCAACCAGAGUUUUGGCGGUGGUCUGUUAAGAGCCACAGUGAAAGCCGUUGAGAAGAGAGUGUUCCAUGCAUAA